AUGGCGACAGAAAACACGGAUGGCCCUGGCCGCCUCAUCUCGCAUUUCACCUCAAGAGAUCGUGAGAAGCAGUCAUCCGGUUGGUCAGAGCUGUGGGAAUCAGACGAGAGCAACCUCUGGGAUAGAGGCAAACCGUCCCCGGCCCUCAUCGACCUCAUAGAGUCUCGCUCUGAAGUCCUCCCUCGGCCGUCUACUGGUCGUCGUCUGAAGGCGCUUGUCCCCGGGUGUGGCAAGGGAUAUGACGUGGUCAUGCUCGCGCUCCAUGGAUACGACGUCUACGGCCUCGAAGUCUCGGAAAUGGGUGCGGAUGUCGCACGCCAGUACGCCGCUGCGGAACUGCCGGAACCGGGAGAGUACAAUUUCGGCUCGCAUGACAGCGUCUUCGGGGCACAGCCCGGCGAGGUCAAGAUUCUGGCGGGUGACUUCUUCAAGCGUGACUGGGAGGCGCAAUGCGCCAGCAGCAGCGGAGACGACUUCCAGGGAUUCGAUCUCAUCUUUGACUACACGUUCCUCUGCGCUCUCCUUCCAGAGAUGCGGAAAGACUGGGCCCUGCGUAUGCAGGAGCUACUCUCGCUCACCGGUGUUCUUGUCUGCCUCGAGUUCCCUCUUUACAAAGACCUCGGUAUGCCGGGGCCGCCUUGGGGUCUUCGCGGAGUAUACUGGAACAUUCUCGCGCAGGGUGGCGAUGGUCUUAUUCAGGAGCCGGUGGUCGAGGACGCGGAAGACAAAAGUCUCAAGGGAGCUUUCCGGCGGGUGGAGUAUUUCAAGCCGCCGCGGUCUUACGAGAACGGAAAGGGAACAGAUAUGGUCAGUGUGUGGACUGAGAAAUUGUAG